GGUUUGCUGACUGACUUCUUCCUUUCGCGUUCUAGUCUUUCGCCUUGCCCCUCCUAGCAGGAAAGGAAGCCGCUGAGAAGCAGGAAGGGGGAUCGGGAUGCGCUAGCUCGAUCGCAUCCUUUUCUUUUUGAACAUCGGGGAAAAGGUUGCUUAUUGGAAGGGGUGCGGUUGUCGCGACCAACACCUGCAAAUAGGGCUCUGGAUAUGUGUAUUUAAAAAAACCAACAACCUGUGGCCAUGUUCAUAUUCCUGUUGACCUUCGGCAUGCGCCCUCCCUGUUGACUUUUCGCCGAGCCUUGAAGACCUGGCUCUUCAGGCAGGCCUAUGGGAUCUCUGGGAUUGAAACUAUUCUUCCAAAGCUCCCCUCUAGCAUGGCCUCGAGGAAGAAUGGUGGUGACCCAGCAGAUCGAAGGAGGACAGAGAGACGCAGAUCAUCCCUGGAAAUUGCAUCAGAAGACCAGGUGGCCCGGGAGACAGAGGAGGUCUUCCACAGCUAUGCUUACUAUCGAUAUCAGCAGGAGCAAGAGCAGACUGGGAGGGAUGUGCCAAUAGACCCAGAAAUAGCUGCAAUCCAGCAGGAGCCAAACAGCACCAACAGCCAGGUGGGCAGGCGCCUGGCCUUCAUUGGUGACGACAUCAAUGCACGGUAUGACAGCGAGUUCUCUGAGAUGCUGAAGUCGCUGAAGCCAUCGAGGGACAACGCCUAUGAGUACUUUGUCAAAAUAGCCUCCAGUUUGUUUGACAGCGGCAUAAACUGGGGUCGUGUGAUCGCACUGCUGGGCUUUGGUUACAGAAUGGCAAUCCAUGUAUACCAGCAGGGGUUGCCUGGCUUCCUAAGGAGAAUUGCCCGCUACAUGGCCGACUUUGUGCUUCGCAAUCACAUUGCCCAGUGGAUUGCCCAGCAGGGAGGAUGGGUGGCAGCGCUGGACUUAAGCAAUGUUUACUGGAAGUAUGUGGUGGCAGUGGCAGCUGUGAUUUUGUUGGGCCACUUUGUGGUACGGCGUUUCUUCAGCCAGUGACAGGGAAGGAAAUGGCUGCUGGCCAUUUGCAUCCUAGCCAUUGACUCACUCCUUGAAGAAAAGGAGGAUUCAGGAAACAACCAAAGGAAACCAGAUGGUGCUUAUCAAUGUGUAUUCCAAUAUGACAUCUGUUUAUUGACCAUCCACAUGGAGAUUUCAGAACCUGGAAAUCUACAGCAUAGUAUUGAAAAGGAAGGGUAGAAAUGAAUGUGGGACAGGAUUUAUUACUUCAAGAGACCAUGGGGGUCAGUGAGAAACAUCAAGACAGGGGCAUUCACAGUGUUGUGUGAGAAAAAAGGGAUGCAGUUUCCUCCCCAAAAUCUCUAAGAAGGGCAAAUCCUUUUCCAGAACAUUCUCAGGGCCUUGGUGAUCUAACCUUUUGCUUUUUCAUCCCUGUGAAAAGCAGAAGAGUGAGCAGCUUGUGGUACCUUUGCUUGCUCCAUGCAUAUGUACUUGGAUCAAUUCUUCCACCGUAUGCUGUUCUAAGUGCUGAAAUAAUCAUGUGGUUGAUUUGGAGAACAUGUAGAUCUGUUCCUGGAUCAUCAUCGUCAUGAUUAGCUCCUCCUAAGAUCUGUAGAUGUACACCUAAACAUAGCAUAUUCCAGAGGAGGGGGCGGGAAUAUCAUGUCUACAAUAUUUCAUUAGAUGUGGACCUCUCUUUCAUUCACCUGAUUAUUUCCUAGGCCAGACAUAGAGCUCUGUACCCAUUAGUGGAUCUCUUUCAUCUCCUCACUUGUUUUUAACUUAGCUACAGUGAUUCUUCUCUGUCAGUGGCGAGCAAAGAUUUGAAUAAGGCCUUGCUUCUCUUCCAUUAAUGCAAAGAAUCUUGCUCUGUUCCCUGCGUGUUAGCGUUCACUGAACAGGAACAGGUAGUGUGUUUGUGGAGUAGAGUUGUUUCUCGUAUAAUUCUUUACCCUUUUGACAAUCAAUAGCCAAAAGUUAAAUUUCUCUUAGACAAAUGAUGGUCAAAAAGUUUACACAUGCAUUGGAACUUCUGUUUUCCCCUAAGACAGGGAUGGGGAACAUGUGGCCCUCCAGAUGUUGUUGGACUCAAACUCCCAUCGGCCCAAGCCAAUGUAGGCAGUAGUCCACAUGGUGGGUACUGUACUCCAGCCACAUCUGGAGGGUCACAGGUUCUCCAGUCUUGCCCUAAGAGAGAUGAUCCAGCCAAGUUAAGCACAUUUUAAGGCUGCCGUCCUAUAUUCACAAAGCAAGUUGGUCUCCUCGAAAUUUGUGAUACUUGUUUCUGAGUAAACAUGCAGAAAAUCGGGACUGCAUUACCAACUGAUUUUGGUGUGAAAGUUGAGCGUAUGCUUCUCUUUCCACUGAAAUUGAUGGGAUUUAGAAGUGCCUGGCUGGAGUUCUUCUGGGCUCCAAGCACAGUAACUUGAGCAGCAGGGGCUGCCAAGUGUGCAUUGCUGAAGCUUGAUUUUUGAAGGCCCUCUUGUUUUUUUAAAAAAACCCAAAUCUAUCCAAAUUGCUUCCUUAACUCUUAUGGAAUAUAUUUUUGUAUAGUCUUUAAUCUGGGAUAAAACUACAAUGAUUACAGUGAAGCCAUGAUUUUCAACACACAGCUGUAUGUGUGCAGACAUUCACACAGAUGAAUUAUUUUCUCUUCCUUUACAUUUUUUUCUUUUACAAAGCUGUACGUCAAAAGUCAGACCUACUUCAUAACUUUUUCAUCUCUCUCUCUCUCUCUCUCUCUCUCUCUCCCCCCCUCUCCCUCUCUCCAAAUGUUCUUAAGAAAAAAGACUUGAAAGCAAUGCAUGCAUUUUUUUGUAAAUUGUUGGUUUUCUGUGUUCAUUUUAAAAGUCUGUGCAUGCCAGCAGUAUUUGUUUUGCUUAAAGUAUUUAAUUUGGCUAACAAUA